AUGGCUUCCGAACCCACCGAGGAUGCCAUCGCAAACUUUGUUAGCUUCACGAGCACAACGCGCGACCAGGCUAUCAACUUUCUGAAGGCUCAUAACCUCGACUCGCAAAAGGCCAUCAACGCGUACUUUGAAGAUCCAACGGGCCCUCAGCCAAAGGCUGAUAGCUAUUACAACGACAAACGCACUACCACGUGGGAUUUUGACCAACAGGACAAUGCGCCCCCCAUACCCGCAACAGCACCACCCUCGCGUCCUCCCUCCCGGAUGAACAUGAACGAUACGGACAGGAAGACUGCACUUGGACCAACGGCUCCACCAGGUGAUGGACAAGGAUUAAGCCUGGCAGAACGCGAAGAAAAGGAACUACAACAGGCAGUCGCUAUGUCGUUGAACUCUGGUUUGGGGCAACAGGAAGUUGGUGUGACCUCUAGUUCCCAGCCACAAUUCGCCAAGGCAACUCGGGAUCACUACGAGGCGGGUGACUGGGCUAUGACUUUAUUCAAUACAACCUCUGAAGAGGUCACCAUCGGACCCGAGCCGGAAGACCGCAGGAGAGGCCAGGGUGAGCCUGCCUUCAUCCGCCCGACUCAAGAUGGUCUUUACCUGGGAGGAUUCCUCACCAUUGCCCACGAAAUUCCUCUCGCCAGGGAAGCGCUUCUUUUACGGAGCAAACCGCUCUUUGACUAUGGACAUGAACCACAAUGGUGGAAUGGGCACUCGAUCAACCUACCCAAGAUUGUCACGGUGAAUGAUGACAAUCGAGAUGCCGACUGGGACGAUGUCAUCUAUGAAGCGCAGCGUUUGAUGGCCUUUAUGGAUUCCACAAAACGAUCCUUUGGAAGUAGCGACAGCUUGGCAAGGAUCCGGAGUCUCUCUACAUUAUCCUCCGACCCAGAGGAGAUCGUUACCAGGUUCUUGGAAGCAUGGCAUAGCGCCGCCAUUCGAGCCGAUCCCGACAAUCAGCUUGCAGCUAUUUUCACGUCACAUGCAUUCAAGCAACAAUCCCACGAGUACGAUGAGCCUGCUACCAAAGAUCUCUUCACAUUUGAAAUUCCCGUUGAACCAGACCAUGGCCAGAGCCUUUACGAGGUCAUUGACAGAGCUUUAUGGAACGAGGGACCGGAGGAAGAGCUCGAGAAUAUCUGGAUUGAAAACAUUGCAGAGGUAUUAUGCAUCAAACUCGACUGUCUCCAAAGGCCAAAUGCGGUGGAUGUGGAGAUUCCCGCUACUUUCUACGCGGAUCGGUACCUCAGCAGCUGUCGUGAAACCGCGCGUGAACUUCGCUUGAAGCGGCAGCAGAUUCAGCGUGACAUAUUAAACCUGGAGAAACUCAUACGCCAUUACACUUUCCCGAAGAAUCCCGUGGGCAAUAUGACACUGAAAGAGCUGUUCGAAAGAGCGGCAGCGGCGGCUCCCGUGGUGGUGCCAGAGAAUUCGAACAAUGCUGCUCGUGCCAAAGAGGCCGGUGUGGAUGUCAAGCAAGUCGCGGAACAAUUGAGAACCCUUGCCGCCAAGAUCGAAACAAGACUCAAAGAGCUGGAGGCUAGCAAGGAGAGGGCUAUGGUAUCUCUCCGCGAAAUUGCCAAGACACUCACAGAACCUUCUGAAUCGCCCUCCGAGCCCCCUACCUACAAAUACACCCUACGCGGUGUGUGCACUCAACCACAUGUUACCUAUGUCUUAUCCAAUUCAAAGGCAGGCUCCCCGGACCUAAUGGAUAUGGAAGAGCAGAGUGGGGAACAGUGGUGGCGUAUCAGCUAUUCAACGGAAGAUGGAAAGAUUCGGCAAGCAGACAAACGGAAAGCUGCGGGAGACCACACAGCACCACCGAGCGGCGAUAUUGUUGGCUACAGCGCUUCAAGGGUGGGAGAGGACGAAGUCCUUCAAGCUGCCCGCGAGGAGUGGAGGUCUGUAUUGCUUGUUUAUGCGAGCGAGAAUGCUAUGAAGGCACCAGUCGACCCUGCGCUACCCCAACUUCAGGGUUUCGUUAACGCAGACAAUGACGCCUUUGAGGCUGAAUUCGACCAGACUGCCACCAUUAUCAACAGUGACCAGGAAGAGUCCUGGGCCCCGCCCAGCAGUACUGAAACGCAACACAGCGAGCAGCCAGAGAUGGUCGAGAAACGUCAACAGGUUAAUGUCUUCGACUACGAGGUCUCCGGGUUUGACGACGAGCCUGAGCCUAGGCAAGAGAUGCAGCAGAGGGAUGGUGGAAGUCUUUUGAGCAAGGGCCUCCCUGAAAGUUCUCUGGCCAAGACAACGCAGGCUGGGCCGGAGCAGAAGUCUGCGCACGAUGAAGAAAUGGCUGACCAUAUUGAGCAUGCAUAG